AUGUCAUACAACCAAACAUCAAGUUACAGCUCUUCGGUUGGAAUUGCCGUUGGUGUGUUUUCAGUGAUCGGUAGUAUUUGCUGUUGCUGUGGAAUUUUUGUCAUAAUUGUCUGCAUAAUCAAACACAUUAGUCGGCCAACUCAUGUAACGCCAAACUAUCCAGUUCAAUAUCGGUAUCCACCAUAUACAAACACUGUGUCAAACAAUUUACCACCACCAUAUCCAAACGCUGUGUCAAACAAUUUACCACCACUAUAUCCACACGCUGCGCCAAACAAGUUACCACCACUAUAUCCAAACGAUGCGUCAAACAGUUUACCACCACUAUAUCCAAACGAUGCGUCAAACAAUUUACCACCACUAUAUACAACAACUAAUCCACCUGAUUAUUUUAGUGUUGCACAGUUGGAUCCGGAAUUUACCAAAACAGAAGUAUCCUAA